AUGGCCAAGCCGGGCACGAAUACCAACUUGCACCGCAACGCUGCAAAGAACCAGAAAGUUUACCUACCUACACCCCCAAGUCACAUUUCUAGUGUUCACCAUUCUAAAGCUGGCAGAAAAGAAAUGUCCCACCCUAACGGCCCAAGCUUUAGCGAUUCUGCUGCUGUUUACAAGGAUGACUUUCGGCCAACAUCACCGGGUUUUAGUCCUGGUGUUGGGCAUCCAAAAACAGUGGGGACUAAUUCCAACAGUGAACAAGCUGUCACUGGUUUCCAACCCACAACACCAGGUCACAGUCCUGGGGUUGGCCAUAGUGUUGCAGAUGAAGAUGAAAGUGAAGAUGUUGAUCCAAAGGCAACCGGUACUGGCUCCAGUAUCGAACGUUCUAGUACAGCAUUCAAACCCACAACACCAGGUCAUAGUCCUGGGGCUGGCCAUCCUUUUUUAGAGAAUGACGGUGAAGAUGUUGAUCCAAAGGGACUUGCUCCUGGCUCCAGUACUGAACGUUCUAGUACAGCAUUCAAACCCACAACACCAGGUCAUAGUCCUGGGGCUGGCCAUCCUAAUGACGGUGAAGAUGUUGAUCCAAAGGGACUCGCUCCUGGCUCCAGUAUUGAACGUUCUAGUACAGCAUUCAAACCAACAACACCAGGUCACAGUCCUGGAGCUGGCCAUCUGUUUUUAGAGAAUGACAGUGAAGAUGUUGAUCCGGAGGAGCCUGGUGUUGGCUCAAGCAUCGAACGUUCUAGUGGAGCAUUCAAACCCACAACUCCAGGUCACAGUCCUGGGGCUGGCCAUCUUUUUUCAGAGAAUGCCAGUGAAGAUGUUGAUCCAAAGGCACCUGCUCGUGGCUUCAGUAUCGAACGUUCUGGUACAGCAUUCAAACCCACACCACCAGGUCACAGUCCUGGAGCUGGCCAUCCGGUUUUGGAGAAAGACAAUGAAGACGUUGAUCCAAAGCCGCCUGGUACUAGCUCCAGCGUUGAACGUUCUAUCGCAGCUUUUAAACCCACAACACCAGGUCACAGCCCUGGUAUUGGCCAUGUGGCAUCAGUUGAUCAGAGAAAAAAUACUCAUCCAAAGGCAUCCAGCAUUGAACAUUCUGUCACAGGAGUCCCAGAUAAUUUCCGACCCACAGUACCUAGUCACAGCCCUGGGGUUGGUCAUGUUUUCCAAACACAAACGAAGAACUGA